CCGAGACGUAGAAAUCUUUUUUAGCGUUCUUUUCUACUGUACAGUUCGCGCGGUCUUUGUUACUAAAGAAAGGUUCGUAGAAGAAACAGAGUUAAAGGCAUAAUUGUCAGAGGUAUUAGUAGUUCUUGCUUUUUUCAUUUCUACUCGCAUUAGGUGGAGGUAGCAACAUUCAACACCUUCAUCAACAUGAGGCCACUGCUCGCUGCUUCGUGUCAACAGAACAUGAAGGCUCCUGUACAACAAGCUUUUGCAGGACAGCUUGCAGGCUGUGGGAGCGUUAGGGGAAGAAGUUUUUCGUCUUCAUCAACCUUCAAGAGCAGAACAGUGCUAGGAGGUGGGUUACCAAGUCCACCAUGCGCAACGAUGCUACAGAACAGAAAUCCAAGAGCGCUACGUCAAGCAAAUUCUUAUAUUCCCAGUUAUGGUUCUUGGGGUGCCGAUCUCCAGUUCCAUUUUGGCAGUAGAAAUAAUCCCCUUGGUUCGCGAAUAGCUGCGACGACACUCGGAGGCCCUUCAUCGAGAAUAAUACAAGCAGCAGCAGCAGCAGGUUGUAGACGAACAAUAACCUCCGAAGCAAUUACUUCAUCAAGUGCAUCAUCAUCGUCCGCAACAACACAACCUUCUCUUGCCGAUCGCAUUAGUGUGCUCGAAGCGACGACAGCAAAACUGGAAAAGACGAUAGUUGUUAAGGCAAACGCAUUGAAGCUCUAUGAAUAAUCUUCUCUGUCUCACUCUUCACAACAAUUUUUUUAGCCAUAAUGGAUUAAACAUUGAGUUUCUUACACACAAUAUAAAAAUGUCGUGUGAAAGGCACCUUGGAUUCAUGAUUCUUGGAAACAAAGACCUCCUAAAAAUCGCUCCUCUCUAAGACGAAAAUCGAAGCAAAGCUUACAAAGAUGGACAAGCAGAAAGGUUUUUUCGCGAGGUUUAUGAGUUUCUUUCAAGAAUUCGGAACGCCCUUUAUCGUGUACUACGGCGUAGCCUACAUCGGCAUGUGGCUUGGGAUUUUCAUCCUAUUCGAAACUGGCGUCCUACCAGAUCCAAUAACUGUUUUGGACGCCUUUGGCCUGGAAAUGCCUGCUUUUCUCGCAGAAUAUACCACUCAGGAUGCAAAUAGUAGUACAUCAAGUCAAGGUGCUGCACAAGGUAGUGGAACCUCAACAGGUCAAAAACCAAAGUGGAUACCAGAUCCCUUUUGGGUACGGGUUGGAGUGUCCUUUUUCCUAAACGAAGCACUGGAAAUUCCAAGAUUCAUUAUAGUAGGUGCGACUUUCAAACCACUGUUGAGACUUUUUCGGAAGGGCGCAUGACGCGAUGAUACGUCGCAACAAGAAUAACAAGGCAGUAAAAUCGACCGAAUUUCUUGAAAUGGAAAUACGCGCACAGUCUAAAAAGAAGUGUCAUGCUUGCACUAUGGAAUCUCAUGAUGAUUGUUGUGACAUCAUAAGUACUUGUCAAGCGUACUCACUCUAAAUGAGGUUCUUAGCUGAGUC